AUGACAUCAACAACCAUAGCCAACUUGAAAAAUCAAAUUUUCCAACCAGUAUCCCAGCCACCACAACCUCAGGCACAACCACAGCCACCAUCAUCAUCGACGCUGAGAAAAGUAGUAUUCAACAUCUCCCAAAAUUUCAAAGUGGUCAAGGUCUUGGGCGAAGGAGCAUAUGGGAUAGUAGCAUUGGCAGUGCAUAUACCAACACAGACAAAAGUCGCCAUCAAGAAAAUCGAGCCUUUUGAACGUCCGCUUUUCUGCCUCCGUACACUUCGAGAAAUCAAACUCCUUUCGAAAUUCAGCAACCAUGAAAACAUCGUGAGGCUUUACGAUGUCCAGAAACCAAGCAGCUAUGCCCAGUUCAACGAAGUGUACUUGAUUCAGGAGUACAUGCCUAGUGAUUUACACAACAUCAUCCAAACGCACGUAUUGAGCGAUCAACACGUGCAAUUUUUCCUCUACCAAAUCUUUAAAGGGUUGAAAUUGAUCCAUUCUGCUGGUGUCAUUCAUCGUGAUCUAAAGCCGUCCAACAUUUUGGUUAAUGAGCACUGCGACUUGAAAAUUUGCGACUUUGGCUUGGCGAGAUUGGACUCCGUCAAUUAUAAGGGGGAGAAGAUCAGCUUGCUUACGGAGUACGUUGCCACUAGAUGGUACCGUGCACCUGAAAUUAUGCUCAAUGCCUCUGAUUACUCCACCGCCAUCGAUGUUUGGUCAGUGGGGUGUAUAUUGUUUGAAUUGUUAAUCUACAAGGCCAUUUUCCCCGGCUCCGACUACAUUAAUCAGUUGAAAUUGAUCUUUGAAGUCUUGGGUACUCCAUCCGAAAGUGAAUUGCAAGAAGUUGUCAAGUCCAAGAGAGCCAAGAUUUUCAUCCAGUCACUCCCCACUAGGCAAAAGAUGAACUUCCAUGAGUUCAUCACCUGCCACCCUUUCCGGAGAUUGAAGCACCAGGAGAGAGCUGCCGAUUUGAACCCUUUGGCGGUCGACUUGUUGGAGAAAUUGUUGGUAUUUGAUCCUAACAAGAGGUUGACUGUCAAGCAAGCCUUGAAGCAUCCAUACUUGGCCAGCUAUCACGAUCCACUUGACGAGCCUGUGACUCUGGCGGUGCCGAUUGAAGAGUUUGCCUUUGAUGUCGAAAAGAAGGAUUUGGAUGUGGAAGAUUUGAAAAAACAAAUCUUUAACCAAAUCAUGCAACGAAAGAAAUGA